ACUAUCUAUGCUCUCUUUGUUCAUUCGUGUUUCAACGCUUGGUGUUGUUGUUUGAAUAAGUUGACUAACCUAAGUGUUGCAUAGAAAAUAUUUUAUAUUUUUGCAAACAAAUACAAAGAUUUCAUUAAAAACAAUGGCAGAGUACGCUAAAAUGAAUGACACUAUUUUUUCAGAAGAGAUAGAAACAGGCAAGAUUCAAGAAGAAAUAGCAGAGAGAUUUCGAAAAGACAAAAAAUCGAGAUUGAACGUGGAAAUUCUUGAGGACACGGCGACGGCUGAACCAGUUUAUCAAAUACGUCCCCAGUUACACGAGAAGUUUAAACCUUUGAGUGCUAAAGAAGUUAUACAUAAUGUGCUAUUUGAUCAGCUUUCUAUGAAAACGUAUGAUGCUCAGAAAGCUGUUCAGUGGACUAAAGAUAUAGCAGAUCUAAUUAGAGAGAAAGUUAAAGAGUUAAAGUUCAAACGAUACAAAUAUAUUGUGAAUGUAGUUUUGGGUGAACAGCAUGGUGCUGGGGUAAAAAUGGGUACAAGAUGUAUAUGGGAUGCAGAAGCAGAUGCAUAUGCAUAUGACAGUUUCUUAAAUGAUACAAUAUUCUGCGUGGCUACUGUGUAUGCUGUAUAUUUUUAUUAGUAAAUGGUUACAUAUCAUUGAUUACGGUAUAUUAAAGGUAUACUUAAAGUUCAUUGUGAUACGAAUAAAAGAAUAAUAAACAUGAUCAAUCAAUCAAUAAAGAAA